CCUCUGUGGGCGGGGAAACGCCGUGCGGGGGCUGCUUCUUCGGCUGCCCGCCCGGCCGGUACCUUCUCGCUGUGCACGUCCCGGCUCCGAGCAGGCGGGCGGGCUGGCCAAGGAAGAGGAGGAGGAGGAGGUGGAGGCGGCGGCGCAGUAGGAGCGGCAGCGGCAGCGGCUCGCCCAGGAAUGCGCUGAAGAUGGCGGCCGGCCGGAGAGCGCCCAAAAGCGGCUUGUUGGAACUGCGAGCGGCGGGCGAGCAGUGGUUACGGGUCUUGGUGACUCUUUCGGACGACUUCUUGAGCGUCAGCCCCAGCGGCAAAGGCGCCGAGGAGCCGCUGCAGCCGCCGCCGCCCAGCCCGGUGCAGCUGAAUGGCGGCGAGCCGGGCGCCCUCGUCCCGGACUCGCUCACCAACAUCAAGCGGACGGUGCGGAUCGUCAAGCAGGACGUGGGCGGCCUCGGCAUCAGCAUCAAAGGUGGCAGAGAAAAUAAAAUGCCCAUCCUGAUUUCCAAGAUCUUCAAGGGCCUGGCUGCAGAUCAGACAGAAGCACUGUUUGUUGGAGAUGCCAUCCUGGCUGUCAAUGGGGCUGACCUUUCUGAUGCCUCACAUGACGAAGCUGUGCAGGCCCUGAAAAAGACAGGCAAGGAGGUGGUAUUGGAAGUCAAAUACAUGAAGGAGCUUUCUCCCUAUUUUAAAAACUCCUCAACUGGAGCAACUGUAAGUUGGGACUCUUCUCCGGCCUUUCAGAAGCAAUCUUCUCCAGCCCUCUCCUUACGGGACCUCAAGGAAGGCAAGAAUAUCCCAUUAAAAAUGUGCUACAUAUCAAGGAAAUGUCUUCCCAAUGAUCCAGAACACAGGUACCUAGAAGUGUGCUCGGCAGAUGGACGGAUUCCUUUGUUCCUUCGAGCAAAAGAUGAAGCGUCUGCCCAGGCCUGGUUCAACGCCAUUCACAGCAACAUCAGUGCCUUCUUGCCAAGAGUGAGAGAGGAGCUGAAGGCGUUGCAUUCUGGAGUGGGCAUUGCUGGAAGUAGAGACAUCAAGCACAUUGGCUGGCUCACAGAGCAGCUCCCUGGUGAUGGGACAAAGAACAUCCUCGCCAUCCUCACAGAGAAGGAGCUUCUCUUCUACAGCAGUCUCCCACAAAGCAGAGAUGCCCUUAACAAGCCAACACACAGCUUCCCUCUCAUAGCCACCAGACUUGUACACUCUGGGCCGUCCAAAGGCUCCCUUCUGUAUGAUUCAGAACUCUCAUUUGCUUUACGGACUGGAACCAAGAAAGGGGUGGAUACGCACCUGUUCAGUGUGGAGACACACCGGGACUUGGCCACCUGGACGAGGAUGCUGGUGGAUGGUUGCCACAACGCAGCAGAAUGUGUCCAGGAAGUGUCAACAGCAUGUACCUGGAACGGGAAAGACUGCACGCUGUCCAUCCACAUCGACAAGGGCUUCACCAUCUCCACCCUGGAGCCAGGCCUCAACAAAGUCAUCCUCUUGCAGCAGCCUUUUGAAAGACUACAGAUGUCCUCAGAUGAUGGGGCCAAGAUGCUGUAUUUGGACUUCGGAAGUUCAGAAGGAGAGAUUCAACUAGAUCUUCAUUCCUGCCCCAAAACUAUUGUCUUCAUCAUCCAUUCAUUCCUCUCUGCCAAAGUAACCCGGAUGGGGUUACUGGCAUAGGGACAUGAAGAAAAAUCAAGAGAACACCAGGACUUCAUUGGAUCUAUGCAGUAUGGCUUAUACCUUCAUGUCUGAAGCAGAAUACUACCACCUGAAGCAAGAACAACUGGAGCAGUGCAUCCAUAGCCAAAGGAAACCAUUAAACGUAUGGGAUAACAGAUGGAAACACAUGAAUGGACAACUAUCUAGACAUGCAUGUCAACUGGGCAGUUCAUGCAAUAAGAUUUUCUUAUAAAGUUGCCCCAUCAGUACAUAAUGUCCCUAAAAACAUCACAAGCAUUGAAAAUUUAAGACUGCUGAAGAUCUCUUACUAACUCAUAUCUGCCGUCAUCACAUUAGUGCCUUGAAGAUGAUAUUUUAUACAUAUAUAUAAAUAUAUAUAUAUAUAUCUGUUUAUAUCAAGGUUUAUAUUUAUAGAGCUCUGUUAAUGAACCUUAAAGAGAUGAUGACUUUCUGGCUUUUUGCUUUGCAUUUUCAUUACCAUAUUAGAUGAAGGUUGCAACUUAAUGUAUGCUACCUGGGAAUAAGACCCAUUGAACAUGAAGAGAUUUCUUAGGAAUUACACGUUGGGUUAAAUGGAAAUAUGUUAAAGUAAGCUAGAUCUCUUCAUUAUCCAGAAAUGUUAUGAAGUCUGGAGAACUCCUAAGCUAUUUUAUUUUUAUGCUGUAGCAAUACAGCAGAAGUGACUAAAAUAGUGGAUUCUCUGAUUUAUCCAAAAUUUGUAAACAGUUACAGAAGCCAUAAGUUUGAAAGGGCACUUCACUGGAAAAGAUUAAGAAAAUGGUUUUACUUUUUAUGGGUUGGUGGUGGUUUGUCUUUUUUUGUUUGUUUGUUUGUUUUUUUGGCUUACACUUGCUCCCUUUUUAAACAAAAUUACUCUGAUAUAUAUUAUAACUGGAGGUGCUUUGGAGUGAUGGAGGCAGUUUUCUGAGCUAAAAAUUGUGCAUGAAAUUAUCUUGAUUAUUUUGUUUUCUCUUUUCUGUGAAAAUAAAUACAGAUUACUAAAGAUGA